UUCCUGGAGCAGCUGGGGGGUGAGGUGGGCACCCAACGCAAGAAGAUGCGCCUGGCCAACGAGGAGGAGAUCGACCGCGCCGUCUACGCCUGGUUCCUUGCCCUCCGCCAGCAUGGCGUGCCCCUCUCCGGGCCCCUCAUCCAGGCCCAGGCUGAGGCCUUCGCCCGGCAGAUCUACGGUCCCGAGUGUACCUUCAAGGCCAGCCACGGCUGGUUCUGGCGCUGGCAGAAGCGUCACGGCAUCUCCAGCCAGCGCAUCUAUGGCGAGGGCGGCCUCCCUGCUGAGCCCGAGCGGGCUCCUGCCGCCUGCCCAGAGACUUUGCCGAUGCCAGCUGCUGAUGCCGGGGGCUACAGCGACGAGCAGAUCUACAACGCCAAUGUCACCGGCCUCUACUGGAAGCUGCUGCCGGGGCAGGCCGGUGGGGUGACGGCAACAGCGCGGCGGCGGCCAGCUCCCCGCGAGCGGGUCACCGUGCUGCUGGCCGCCAAUUUGACCGGCUCCCACAAGCUCAAGCCGCUGGUGGUCGGGGGCCUUCGCGAUCCCCCCAGCCUCCGCCAUCACAACCAAGACAAAUUCCCUGCUUGCUACCGCUACAGCCCCGAAGCCAGGCUGCGGCCGGCCCUUCUCCGGGCUUGGUUCUUUGAGGACUUUGUGCCGGGCGUCAAACGCUAUCUGCGCCGGAGCUGCCUGCAGCAGAAGGCCGUGUUGCUGCUCAGCACCCCACCACCCACCUCCGGGACAGGCCCUGAGGAAUCCCCCCCGCUGCAGACGCCUGACGGCUCCAUCCGCGCCCUCUUCCUCUCCAAGGGCCCUGCCGGGAGAGGCCGAAUCCCAGCUCCGCUGGAGCAGGGGGUGGUGUCCGCCUUCAAGCAGCUCUACAAGCGGGAAUUGUUGCGCCUGGCCGUCUCGUGCGCAGCUGGCGGCGGCGGCUCCGGUGGCCCCAUGGACUUUGUGCGGUCCUUCCUCCUCAAGGACAUGUUGUACCUGGCCGGCCUCUCCUGGGACCUCAUCCCCCCUGGCUCCAUCGAGAAGUGUUGGCUCCUGGGGCUGCGCGCUGCCUUCGAGCCCCAGCCCGGGGAGGAAGAGCACGGAGACCCUCCGCACGGGGAGGAAGGUGGUGGGGACAGCAAAGUCUUUAGCGACCUGACCCACCUGGCCGCGUUGGCCUACAAGCGCUUGGCUCCUGAGGAGGUGGCUGACUGGUUGCACUUGGACGACGUGGCCCCGGGUACAGAGGAGGACGAUGGGGAGGAGGACGCUGAGGAGGAAGGCCCCGGGGGCUGAGCCCGGGGAGGAAGAGCACGGAGACCCUCCGCACGGGGAGGAAGGUGGUGGGGACAGCAAAGUCUUUAGCGACCUGACCCACCUGGCCGCGUUGGCCUACAAGCGCUUGGCUCCUGAGGAGGUGGCCGACUGGUUGCACUUGGACGACGCGGCCCCGGGUACAGAGGAGGACGAUGGGGAGGAGGACGCUG